CAAAAUAUUUCUCUCCUUCACGUUCGCAAGUAAAAACCAAACCAAUAUCAACAGAGUCGUCAGAGCCAAUUUUAUUGCGUAUAAAGUUGUCUGCAUGUUCUUCAAAAUAAUUGUUUAAAAUCGAAAGCUUUAGAACAGUACUAAUCGGUUAUUCAGUCUAUAGAUUUCCAGACUACCAUUACAUUUUUUUUUAACCGAAAACUAACGCAGAUUCUGUUUUUCUCUUUCCUUUAUUCAUCUCUUGUCAACCAACGUCUUGCGAUCGUUUGCGCAUAGGACAACAUUAAGCAGCAUGAGCUUUAUUGGUGCAUGUGGUUUGGCACGUAUCGCGACGGUGAACGGUAGCCGUCAGGUGAGACUUAUUGCAGCACGCAGCCAGCAAUUGGGGUCCUAUUCAACCAGCUCGAUAGAACCGAAGGAACCACCAAAAAACAGCCAGACACCCAGCGAAGCGCGUUCAGCUACUACUAAUUUAAGUUCUCAAACGCAUGCACCGAAUAACUUAGAAAAAAAGAUGCUUGUGUUCACAAAGAAAUAUAAAUCUGUCGAUGAAAUUCCUUCUUUUGUCAAUCAGGAUGUGAUGGAGCGGUGCCGCAACCAGGUCCGCAUCAAGCUUGCGAAUUACUUAAUGCUCGCCACAGCGAUUGGUUGCCUUAUCAUGAUCGUUAGUGGCAAAAAGGCACAAGAACGAGGAGAGUCGGUACAAAAGAUGAAUCUCGAUUGGCACAAAGAGUAUAAUGAAAAAGCGCGUCAGGAGGCAGCACAAUCGAAAAAUUGAGUUGGAAACCAUUUGAGCAUGGGCGCAAUGCGCUUUUAUACCAGUCAAGGGACAACUUUCCACUCGGACGCAGUGAGUUUCACGUGUCCUCAACGUUUUAGCAAUAUGUAAAUGAUAUUGAUUGAUCAAAUAUAUCACGUGUUAUCGUAAUGCAACUUAUUAA